CGACGUUGUGAGAUCGGCUAAUGAGUAGCGCCGCUACGUAACCUAUUGCGACACAGGCUUACCUUUGACGGGAAGUGGGUGGUCUUAUACCAAGAACCAGACGCACGGUGAGCGAGAAAUGGUAUCUAAAAAUUGUUUAAGUUGUCUAGACACUUGCUGGGUGUACAUAAAUAUACUACGCGGCUAACCAGCAUUGUACAAGGACAGUAACGGAUAACUUUUACUCGUUGUCAUCAUGGUCUCUGCGGCUGUGCUCCAUCUGUGGGUUUUAGCUUGGCUGGCUUCUGUUCUCGCUGCUGAAGACGACUAUCAUUUGGUGAUAGCCCCACAGUCUCCAGUGGUUCAGAUUGGGUCUAACUUGACAGCUAUCUGCAUGAUCAACAACACAACUGAAGUCACAGCAGAUGAUCUCUACUGGAAGCUUUCUGAAAUUAUACCCAAAGAACAUUACAUCAAGAUCAACAGUUCAGCACUUAAUGUCACUGUCACCAUCAGAAGUGAAAAGUCUGAAUGGUUAUUUUGCAGCUGCAAGACAGAGUCACACUAUGUUGUCCUAAACAGGGGCAAAUUUACUCAUGGGAUUUGGCUGAGGAAAGGCUAUCGCCCGGAGAAGCCAAAGAAUCUGUCCUGUAUAGCAGUUCAGGAGAGCGAGAUUAUCUCAUCAAACAUCAAAUGUCAGUGGGAAGCAGUAGGACAUCAAACGGAAGCUGUCCCUACAAAUUAUACACUGUUUAUUAGACAAACGGGUGAUAAAAUUUAUACUGCAUCAAUAUUAGGGCCAGUAAACAAAACCACAGUGGAUCUGAAUCUCUUUCCUCAUCAUAUGGAACUGGAGAUUUGGGUGGUGGCACAAAAUGAACUUGGAAAAGAAGAGUCUGAACAUCUGAUAAAGCUUGCUAAUUGCUUUGUAAAAACAAAGCCUCCAUCCGUCGCAGUCAUUUCAGAGGCAGUUUUUCCCACCUCCCUUGUGAUGAGCUGGAAUUCUUCUAUUGAUAAAAGUUAUCUGGAAACGAUAUAUGAAAUUAGAUUCUGCCCAUUGGGAUCUCAAAAGUGGUUUUAUGUACCUCUGGCAGACACUUCAAGGUAUAUACAGUCCUUUAGACUCCAGAACCUGCAACCAGACACAGUUUAUGUCACUCAGGUACGGUGCAAAUAUAAUAAUAAUAACAAGCACUGUGGUUACUGGAGUGACUGGAGUAGCAACGUUACCGAGAGAACACCAGAGGAUUUACCAAAAAGUAAACCAGAUGUAUGGAUAAUCACGUCGGAGGAAGGCCUAAAUAAACGACAAAUUGAGUUCAUUUGUAAGGAUCCCGAGUUUUCCAAUGGGAGGAUAAGAAGAUUUAACAUAACGAUUGAGAAACAAAAGGAUAGUAUCAGGAAUGGAACUUGGGAGAUUAUUCCAGUGAACAGAAGUCUGACAGAUGGCAGCUCAAGUAAAAAACAGAUCACUCCACUAAAAACGAUUACCUUGGAUGAUGAGGAGUCUGUGACCGUGUAUGUCACAGCCAUAAAUUCUGUGGGGGCAUCUCCUCAGGCAAAGUUGAUCAUUUCCCGCAAAACACGGGAACCUCCUGCAGUGGAAAAAACGGAGGUACAGUCCCAUAACGGUCAGCUGUUUCUUUCAUGGAAACCCCCUAACAGAACAGUGUCCGAGUAUGUGGUGGAAUGGGUCAGUGAUGGUGAGAGAAACUGGCAGAGGGAAAAUGGAAAAACAAACUACACUGCAAUUAAAGGGGACCUUAAGCAAUUUGUUCAAUACAGAAUAUCAGUGUACCCUAUAUAUGGCAAACUGGUUGGGAAGCCAGUCCUUGAACGAGCCUAUUUUGAACAAGGAGUUCCAUCACAAGGCCCUAUUGUUAACCUGAGUGGUGACCCAGGAUGUUACACAGCCAAGCUGGAGUGGGAUGAGAUUCCUCUGAUAAAACGACGCGGCUUCAUCACAAACUACACAAUAUACUAUCGAAGUGGGACUGAAACUCGUGGCAUAACUGUGCCAGCUAACACCACCUCAUACACUUUGACAUCAUUAUCACGCAACACAAAGUAUGACAUUUGGAUAAAGGCUUCAACUAUCAGAGGCUCAGUCAAUGGCUCUAACCACUCGUUCACUACUCUGAAAUAUGCACCAGGAGAAAUUGAAGGCAUUGUGGUAGGAGUGAGCCUUGGGUUUCUGUUUGUUGUUCUCAUGACCAUGCUGCUCUGUUUCUGCAAAAAAGAUGUGAUCAAGGACAACUUUUGGCCUCAGAUUCCAAAUCCUGGAGAUAGCACCAUUGGAAACUGGUCUCCAGAUUAUCCUUUGAAAGCAGAGGCACCAAGAGAGAACUGUCUAUCUGGCAUCAGUGUGCUUAAUGUGGAUGUUUGUGAUGCAAAGUGUGUAUUUGAGGAGGACAAGGCAAGUCUGCCUCUGAAAAAGGACAAGUAUCUGUCUGAGGAGCACAGCAGUGGAAUCGGUGGCUCCUCCUGCAUGUCCUCACCUCGACAGAGUGUGUCUGACAGUGAUGAGGGUGGUGAUAUGGCUGACACCACGGCCAGCACUAUUCAGUACUCCUCUGUAGUCGCCUCCAGUGGUUACAAGGGCCAGAACCCAAGCUCUCUGCCCCAGCAGUCCAUUUUUUCACGGUCUGAGUCCACACAGCCACUGCUGGACUGUGAAGAGAACCAUGACACCAUGCUGCAGGAGGGAAGCAGACAGUGUUUCCUGAGACAGCCCUGCUUUACUCGCAAUGCAGGGAAUGAAAAUGCCACCAACAGUAAUGACUUCAACCCGUUGGAGAUGGAGCAGCAAGAGGUGCUGGACUUCUGUCCCCUGGAAGAAGACACUGAACACACAGCACCUGCAGAUUGCCAAUCUGAUGACUGGAUACCAGCACCGGUCUCCAGCUACAUGCCUCAGCUGGGUGGCUACAGGCCACAGUAAGAACUCAGAUGGCUCGUCUGAUACAUGCAUCACCUACAUAUGUGGUCUUGUGCCUUUGUUAGUCCUGGGUGUUUAUUUAAAGCAUUGAACAAAUCCCAGUAUAUCUUUUGCACUUAAUCAAAUGUAAAUAGUCCCAUUAUAUUACACUGUAAAGAGUAAUGUGAAUUAGAGCUUGCGGUUGUCGUUUGCACGCUUUACUCUCACAAGGAAAAAUUACAUAGCCAGUUCUUUGUAAAUAAAACAACAUCUUCAACAUAAUGACGAAAUACAAUUUUAUACUAACAUAAACUGCUAAUGGCAUGCCAGACUGCUCAGUGCAGCCUAACGUCCUUAAUCUCACUUGAAUUUUAAUUUUUAAGUGACAGUUUAUAGCUGAAUGUAAAGUCUUAUGUUUUUAUUGCAUUUAUUAAAGGCACCAUGAAGCUCUUAAAAUGUUGAAACUGUUGUUUUUCAGUUUUCCUAAUGUUAAUUCCAGAUGUUGUUGGAAGAUGUGUUUUCUCACCCAAGGCUGUGUCAAAGCAAGCAUUAUAUCUUAAUUUGUUGUAUCACAAUGUUAAAACAAUUUGGAAUACCGUGUGGUCAUAAACAGCAUUGCUUCAGCUCUGAUCAAUCACUGCUGAUUGUAUUUCUUUUUCAAAUGUCACCAUGCUAAAGCUUAACAAUAAAACAUGAAGGGAAGUCAGUAA